AUGCCCGGCGCUCCACCACCUGAUUCAGAUGGUGAUGGCACCUUGAGACCCGUGGGGUACAGCGUGGUGGACUGUACACAUCCAACGCUACCACGGAACGACGAGAAUUCGAGUAUGAACGACGAGAAUUCGAGUAUGAACGACAAGAAUUCGAGUAUGAACGACAAGAAUUCGAGUAUAAACGACGAGAAUUCGAGUAUGAACGACGAAAAUUCGAGUACUAACAACAAGAAUUCGUGUAUGAACGACGAGAAUUCGAGUAUGAACGACGAGAAUUCGAGUAUGAACGACGAGAAUUCGAGUAUAGAACGACGAGAAUUGGUGUAUAGAACGACGAGAAUUGGUAACGACGAGAAUUCGAGUAUGAACGACAAGAAUUCGAGUAUAAACGACGAGAAUUCGAGUAUGAACGACGAAAAUUCGAGUACUAACAACAAGAAUUCGUGUAUGAACGGCGAGAAUUGGAGUAUAGAACGACGAGAAUUGGAGUAUAGAACGACGAGAAUUGGAAACGACGAGAAUUCGAGUAUGAACGACGGGAAUUCGAGUAUGAACGACGAGAAUUCGAGUAUGAACGACGAGAAUUCGAGUAUGAACGACGAGAAUUCGAGUAUGAACGACAAGAAUUCGAGUAUAAACGACGAGAAUUCGAGUAUGAACGACGAAAAUUCGAGUACUAACAACAAGAAUUCGUGUAUGAACGGCGAGAAUUCGAGUAUGAACGACGAGAAUUCGAGUAUGAACGUCGAGAAUUCGAGUAUAGAACGACGAGAAUUCGAGUAUAGAACGACGAGAAUUCGAGUAUAG